AUGUCUUCAUGUGUCCAAUUCGGAAGAAGGAGCUUCCGCAUGAGCGAAACUUUACGUAUUGCUUUAGUGGGAAAUCCUAACUGUGGUAAAACUUCACUUUUCAACCAUUUAACCGGUACACGUCAAAAAGUUGCCAACUAUGCUGGGGUGACUGUUGAACGUAAAGUGGGUACAUUUAAUUUACCUUCUGGUCGUGCGGUGCGUGUUCUAGAUUUGCCUGGAACAUAUAGCCUCGAUGCAGCCAGUCCUGAUGAAGCCAUUACCCGUGAUGUCGUUUUAGGGAAAAUUGCCGGUGAACAAGAUCAACAGGCAUUUUUAUGUGUGGUGGAUGCAACCAACUUAAAAUUACAUUUGGGACUUGUUCUUGAAGUCAUUGAACAAGGCAAACCGAUUCUGCUUGUAUUAAACAUGAUGGAUGAAGCGCGUCGUCGUGGUAUGCAGAUCAAUACCCAAAAAUUAUCACAGCGUUUAGGUAUUCCUGUGGUGGAAACGGUUGCUGUGCGUAAUGCAGGGAUUGAAAACUUGAUGGGUGCUUUGGAAAAUGAAAAAUUCCACACACCAAGUGCAGAACUGAGUGAUGUUAAGCUUUCAGGUUCCAAUCAUGAAAAAAUUGACCAAAUCUUAAAAGAUGUGGUGGUUUUUUUGGAUCAUGAAGACAAACGUACUGAUUUUCUCGAUAAGAUUUUUUUACACCCCGUUUUAGGACUUCUUAGCCUUGCGCUGAUGAUGUUUAUUGUUUUCCAAGCAGUAUUCGCUUGGGCAGCGCCAUUUAUGGAUGGUAUUGAAGAAUUUUUUGGCUGGUUUGGUGGCUGGAUUGGGCAGUUUAUUACCCAGCCACUACUUCACAGCUUAGUGGUCGAUGGGAUCAUUGCAGGUGCAGGUAGUGUAGUGGUGUUUUUGCCACAGAUUCUAAUUCUGUUCUUCUUUAUUUUGGUUUUAGAAGAGUCAGGCUAUCUACCGCGUGCGGCGUUUCUACUCGAUAAAUUAAUGUUUAAAGCAGGCUUAAGUGGUCGGGCGUUUAUCCCACUGUUAUCCAGUUUUGCCUGUGCUGUACCUGGGAUCAUGGCGACUCGAAGUAUCAGCGAUCCACGAGAUCGUUUGGUGACGAUACUGGUUGCGCCGUUGAUGACAUGUUCAGCGCGUUUGCCAGUGUAUGCCUUGCUGAUUGCUGCAUUUAUUCCAGCGAAAAUGGUUUGGGGCUUCCUUAAUCUACAAGGUUUAGUGCUCUUCGGUUUAUAUAUGGCGGGAAUUGUGAGCGCACUCAUUGUUGCGACCGUGCUGAAAUUUUUCCAGAAAGAUAAAUCACAACAUGCUUUAUUGAUGGAAUUACCAAGCUACCGUAUCCCAGAUAUAAAAAGUGUAUGGAUUGGUUUGUUAGACCGUGCCAAGAUCUUCUUAAAGCGCGUCGGUGGCAUUAUCUUCGCUUUAUCGAUUUUAUUAUGGUUCUUAUGUACAUUCCCUCAACCGCCAGAGGGUGCAACUUUACCAGAUAUUGACUACUCUUUUGCCGGAAUGCUGGGGCAUGUGAUGCACCCAAUCUUUGAACCGCUUGGAUUUAAUUGGCAAAUCUGUAUUGCUUUAAUUCCAGCGAUGGCAGCACGUGAAGUUGUGGUUGCAGCAUUGGGUACGGUUUAUGCUUUAUCCGCAGCGGAUGAUGAUGCAGUUGCUCAAGGUUUAUCACAUCUGAUCAGUCAGGGUGAUUUAAGCUGGUCAGUUGCAACAGGUUUAUCGUUGUUGGUGUGGUUUAUCUAUGCACCGCAUUGUUUAGCGACAUUGGCUACGGUAAAACGUGAAACAGGUUCUUGGAAAACUGUUGCAGGUAUGACGGUCUAUUUAUUUGGUUUGGCUUAUUUAAUGGCUUUCCUCACUUAUCAAAUUGCGUCAGGUUAUUUUGGUCUAUAA